AAACGCGCCCUCCAUCGUUCCAACUUCUCCUUUUCGCAGUCUCGCGCCCUCCCUCAAUAUUAAACCCUUCCUUUUUCUAACCCUAGUCUCGCGCACUCAGAACCUCUAGCUUCUUGUUGAACCUUAGUCGUGCGCACACAGCACCCCUUCGUGAAUCUCUUCCACAUUGAACCAACCUCUUCGUCGAGUUGCUUCCGCUUCUUAAAGCCCUCAGAGCCUCACUCAUCUUCAUCUACACCUUCUUCCUUUCCUUCCUCCUGUUUAUUCUCCCUCAUUGGUGCCGCCUCUCCACCGCGGUUGGGCUGCCUCCUUCGCCAAAGAAGCAUUUGAGGCGGCGAUGGCUCGUGCACGAGAAGGAGGACACAUGCCGCAAAAGGGCGCUGGCGCAUUUGAGCCUACUUUAAAAACCCGCACAAACCUAACUCGUGGCUCUACCAUUUUUCGUAGCUGUUGUUCUUGCACGUGAGCAAGCCUCAUAUAUGCGGACUUUGCAAGGCUAUUAACAUCAUGCAACUUUGGUGUCUAUGCAAUGGACUGGAUAGGGAACACGCAGGUCAUCAAUCAGUUGGUGGUGAACAACAACUGGUACCUUGUUUGACUUGGCUGCAGAUGGCAACCUUCAAUGUUGCUUCAAGAAGUUGGUGUUGUUGUGUUAGUGUUACUUGGUUUUGCACCUCCUUCCACCUUUUUUGCUGCCAGCUCAUCCAAGAUGAAACUGAUGUUUCUGUGGUUUCUUUGGAUGAGCAACUGGAAGACUGGACUGACAAAGAAAUUAGUGAUUUUUCAUCUUUGAUAGGUGGGUCAUAUGCUCCUGAUGCCCUUGAGCCAUUAAAUGGAGUCCUUACCAUUCCAUUGACAAAUGAUGCCUCAGUGAAUCUCCAUAUGUCAAAGAAAGCAGAAAGGAAGUUCAUCGUAGGUCUUAUGUCUCUCACACAUAAUGUCCAAAGAGCAAUUCAAAUGCAUGACAAUUUAUCACAGAGUGCAAAGGGUCCUACUGAGUUGUUAACAGGAUGCUUUAAUGGCUUUAAGGGAUGCAAAUCCAGAGGUAUUAAACUUUGUGGGCCACUUGCUGCAGCGGGAAUGAUUGCUGCAUGGACCUCUAAAUGCCUUCCUAAUUAUCAAAGAGAGAAGUAUGUUGCAUGGACCUCUAGUCAUAGUGAGCAGUGCGAAUGUUUUUGGAGUUUCAACAGAAUCUAUGCAGCUUUCUUUUGAUGCCAGAGGGAAUAGUGUACCUACAAUACUACUGUUAAUGCAAAGACAUUUGUAUGCACAAGGAGGUCUGCAGGCUGAAGGAAUCUUUAGAAUUGAUGCUGAAAAUGGUCAAGAGGAGUUUAUGAGGGAAUAAUUAAAUAGAGGUGUAGUACCAGAUGGCAUUGAUGUGCACUGCUUGGCAGGUCUCAUAAAGGCUUGGUUUAGAGAACUACCAACUAGAGUAUUGGACCCUUUUUCGCCAGAGCAGGUGAUGCAAUCCCAGUCAGAAGAAGAAUGUGCUCAGCUUGUGAGGCUUCUUCCUCCAACAGAAGUUGCUUUGCUAGAUUGGGCAAUAAAUUUAAUGGCAGAUGUUACUCAAAUGGAAAACUUGAACAACAUGAAUGUACGUAAUAUUGCAAUGGUUUUUGCGCCAAACAUGACUCAAGUAAGACUAAAUCAUUUUUUGUUGUAAAUGUAGUAUACAGUUUUGCUCUUAGCUCCAAUUUUUGUUAUUGAGUUCAUACCAGUCAAAUUCAUCUUAUUGGAUAUAGCAUCAAUGAGUAAAAAAAACAUUUUGAUAUAUUUUCAUUUAUGUAAAAGUCUUCUAUUGAAGGAAUAAACAGAAUUGGUGAAAAAGAUUUACAUUAUUAGUUUUUUCACCCUUAACAAGGGUUUUGGAGAUUUUUGAAAAUCUGGGAGAGCAUACUGAUGUAAAAUGGGCUUGUAGUUUUAGGAUUUUAAUUUUGAAAUUGAGUCUUUUGUUUCAAUAUUAUUUGUUACUUUGGGAAUUUAUUGUGUGUUGGAUUAUCUUAUUCUGAAUAAGGUUAGCUUGUUAUGUUGAGUCUCUAGAUCAGUGUUGUUAAAUGGUGGCGCUAUGGCAGAAUGGCAUGGCGUUUUUUUUGCCAACCGCCAUAGGCAAUUUGUGAAGGGA